CCUUAUCAAGAUAAACAUGGUACUCGGCUAGAUAGUGGAAGUUGUAUCGUAACAUCACUCCACGUGACUUCUCCACCCAACGCCUUCGCGUCACCUUCCCAAGGCCCCCUCGCAUCCCCUCCAUAUCCAUUCCUCGCAUCCACCAUGACCCCGCCGACAGCAGCACGUACCCGUCCGAUCGAACCCUUUGCCAAAGCCGUCGCCGCCUGCUCUGUCGAGGCGUCGGCAUACGGGAAAUGUAUCUUUCGAGAUUACAACAACGUCUCGAAGGAUAUGUGCUUACAGGAUUUCAUGAGGCUGCGCGAGUGUGUUACCGGGAAGUUGAAGAAACGGUAGUGGUGGUGGUGAUGGACGGCGCUUGCUCCGUGGGUUGAGGGGGGAGGGGUGAGGAUGAGGGGCUAUGGAAGAAACAGAUAAUUUUCUUUUCCCGUCUUCACUUUCCUGUGCUUCUGGGGGAUGAUGGAGGGGCGAGAGUGUUCGCAUGAAAUACUUCUCUCAAUAUCGGAUCUUCGCCGUGCCGGUGCGAGGAUGAAGGGGUAUGUAGAUACUCGAGGGAGACCUACUGCAGGUCCUGCCUGAGAUCUCACCCGCAAAUAGCUACGCUCAGCUCAGCUCGACAAGCUCACGCUCAUCCGGCUUUGCGGAGAGCUAUUGGCGAUGUACCGAGCUGUGAAAAAUGAGAUAUCUCCCGUGCGUGGUCACACCCUGAUAGAGUAGUAAGCCGAGAUGUUCGUGCGUGUUGGGCAAGAUGGGCUGUGGCGCGAGAUGUGGC